AAAAUGACAAGGUAUAAAUACAUUCCUCAUUGCAAUAAAAAGGCCUUCAAACGCCAUAAAAUUAAUGGCCGCUUUUUCGCUUCUUUGAGGUUCCAAGGGUUUCCAAUUGACAAACGAUUAUUGAAAGGCGAUUUUGAUUUUUGUUGCUGUUCAAUCGAUUUCAGUAACUUGAGCUAUGGGCAAGAGGAAAUCAAAAUCAAAGCCACCUCCAAAGAAGAGGAUGGACAAACUUGAUACUGUUUUCAGUUGUCCUUUCUGUAGCCAUGGCACAAGUGUGGAAUGUCGCAUUGAUAUGAAAAACUUGAUUGGCGAGGCAAAUUGCAGGAUCUGCCAAGAGAGCUUCAGCACCACUGUUACAGCUCUAACAGAGCCUAUUGAUAUAUAUAGUGAAUGGAUCGACGAGUGUGAACGAGUCAACAACUAUGAAGAAGAUGUGUCUUAUAGAUCCUGAUGAACUGCUUCAGGACUGUAUGUAGACUGUUUAAUAGCCAGAAAUGAUUUAAAAGCUGCCUCAAGCUUUGACUUCAAUUUUGGCAAUAGUUCUGUCUCACUGCUUCAGAAGAACCUGAACUUAUCCAGGCCUCUAUGGGGUCUUAUAAGUAACUCCAUUUAAGAUACUUUCUAAGUCUAAAUAGUUUGAAAUAGAUGCAGAACCUAUCUCGUUUAUAUUUUGCUUGUGCAAGUAUAACCGUUUCUAUGAAAUUGGCUUAACGACGUA